CAAAAACAAUAUUCCUAUUGGACGUAGUUUUGUGGACUCAACUGUGCUUCAAGAAGCAAGCUGGUUUUAUAUCCGUGUGCAUACAACAUAUCCGCUUAGCACAGGCCACGAGCUUCGGCUGCACCUAAUAAUCUUAAAUAGUCUAACAUAUAAAAGCUGCCGAUUGCAAAAAAGUGAUAAUGUGAAUCAGAGCAUUUAAAACAAAUGGUAGUGAUUAGUUUGGUAGCGAUUAGCAUUCGAAACAUACAAAUUUCCUAAGCGCGACUUGGAAUUGCGUAUGCGCGUAUGUGUGUGCCUACCUUUGCAUGUGUAAGUGCUUUGGAAUGUGGCCCUGCACGAAAUUCAAAUAGUGACCAUCCUUGAGAUUUGCACAUUGGUGUUGAAAUGGACGAGCAUACGCUGAACGACCUGUUGGAGUGUUCCGUGUGCCUGGACCGACUGGACACCACCUCGAAGGUGCUGCCAUGCCAGCACACCUUCUGUCGCAAGUGCUUGCAGGACAUUGUGGCCAGCCAGCAUAAGCUGCGCUGCCCGGAAUGCCGCAUCCUGGUGUCCUCCAAAAUCGAUGAGCUGCCACCCAAUGUCUUGCUGAUGCGAAUCUUGGAAGGCAUGAAACAAACUGCAGCCGCUGGAAAAGGCGAUGGCAAAGGUGAGGAGGAGGAAAAGCCAAAAACGCAGCCUUUAGCGGAACCAGUGGCCCCGCCACCUGGCAACCAGCUUCUCCAGCAGCAGCAAACACAUCAGCAAUCUCAACAGCCGGCACGUCAUAAGCAACGCCGGUUUCUACUCCCCCACGCCUAUGCUCUCUUCGACUUCGCCUCCAGCGAAGCCAGCGAUCUGAAGUUCAAGAAGGGGGAUUUGAUAUUGCUCAAACACCGCAUCGACAACAACUGGUUCGUUGGCCAGGCAAAUGGCCAGGAGGGAACCUUCCCCAUCAACUAUGUAAAGGUAUCGGUGCCGCUGCCCAUGCCGCAGUGCAUCGCCAUGUACGACUUCAAGAUGGGACCCAAUGAUGAGGAGGGCUGUCUAGAGUUCAAGAAGAGCACCGUCAUCCAUGUCAUGCGCCGCGUGGAUCACAACUGGGCUGAGGGACGCAUUGGCCAGUCCAUUGGAAUCUUUCCCAUUGCCUUCGUCGAGUUGAACGCAGCGGCCAAAAAGCUGCUGGACAGCGGGAUCAUCAACCAUCCACCACCGUGCCAUCCGCCGCUGCAGCAAGCACAACGUGCGCUUCCUCCGGUGCCAGUAAUUGAUCCCACGGUGGUAACGGAGUCCAGUUCGGGAUCCUCAAACACCACGCCGGCUAGCAGUAAUUCCAGUUCCACGUCCAGCUCGAACAAUUGCAGUCCGAAUCACCAGUCCUCGCUGCCGAAUACCCCGCAGCAUGUGGUGGCUUCUGGAUCGGCGUCGGUUCGUUUUCGGGACAAGGGAGCCAAGGAAAAGCGGCACUCACUCAAUGCAUUGCUCGGAGGAGGAGCUCCUUUGAGUCUACUUCAGACCAACCGUCAUUCGGCCGAGAUACUUAGCCUGCCGCAUGAGCUGAGCCGCCUAGAGGUGGCCAACUCUGCAGCCCCCAAACCCAAUUCCUCCGCCUCGCAAUCCGCGCGAGUCCUUAAGACAAAUGUGCAGCAGCAAAUGCCCCCUAAUUUGCCUUGGGGCUACUUGGCCUUGUUCCCUUACAAGCCACGGCAAACGGACGAACUGGAGCUAAAGAAGGGCUGCGUUUACAUUGUGAUCGAACGUUGUGUUGACGGUUGGUUUAAAGGCAAGAACUGGUUGGAUGUUACCGGGGUGUUUCCGGGUAACUACCUGACGCCAUUGCGCACCCGCGACCAGCAGCAGUUGAUGCACCAGUGGAAAUACGUUCCCCAAAGCUCGGAAGCCCAGCAGGCGAACCCACAGCAGCAGCCAGUUGCUCCAGAUGUCCGGCUUAACAACAUGCUACCCAUGCAGCCACCGGAUUUGCCGCCCCGUCAGCAGCAGCAGCACGCCACCGCCACGACCACUAGUUGCUCCGUUUGGACGAAGCCGGUGGAGGCGUUGUUCAGCCGGAAGUCGGAACCUAAGGCAGAAACCACAAACGCCCCUGCCACGAGCAGCAGCUCUUCGGGGGCAGUGGGUCUUAUGCGGCGCUUGACUCACAUGAAAACACGCUCAAAAUCCCCGGGAGCAUCGCUGCAGCAAGCUUCGAAAGAUGUUACCAGUCCAAUUGCGGAAGCCACAACUAAACCAUCAGCUAAAUUGCACCCAGUGCAUGUUAGAUCCGGUUCGUGCCCCAGUCAACUGCAGCACAGUCAACCGCUCAAUGAAACUUCCACAACGAAGGCAGCAUCACAACCGCAGCAGUUUCUGCCCAAGCAACUGCCUGCUGCCACCAACAGCAGCGUUUCCUAUGGAUCGCAACGUGUAAAAGGAAACAAGGAUCGUCCUCAAUUGAUUUGUGCCAGACAAUCCCUGGAUGCAGCCGCGUUUCGCAGCAUGUACAGCAAUGCCGCUUCGUCUCCGCCACCUGUUUCCUCAGUAGCUCCAGCUAUCUAUGCUGGAGGUCAGCAACAGACGCUGCCUGGAGGAGGGCCGCAAUCGCAGUUGCAUGCCAACAUGAUCAUUGCACCUAGCCAUCGGAAGUCGCACAGCCUGGAUGCGGGCCAUGUUCUCAGUCCCAGCAGCAAUGUUAUCACUGAGGCGGCCAUCAAGGCCAGUGCCACCACGAAGUCUGCUUAUUGCACUCGAGAAAGUCGCUUUCGCUGCAUUGUGCCGUAUCCACCAAACAGCGACAUCGAACUGGAGCUGCACUUGGGCGAUAUUAUCUAUGUGCAGCGCAAGCAGAAGAACGGCUGGUACAAGGGCACCCAUGCGCGCACCCACAAAACAGGACUGUUUCCCGCUUCCUUUGUCGAGCCGGAUUCCUAGGUGGACUCCACCUAGAACUUACUGAGCGAAAUUCCAAAUUACUCGUCUAAAUUCAUUCAAUCGCCGGUCGAUUCGGGCUUCCAAUUCGCAAUCUCCUACUAUUCUUUUUAGAAAAGAAAUGAAUACGAUGUACUUUUUAUACGGUCCCUAAUCAAAAUAGGCUAGCCAUGUAUGUAAGUCUUAAGGACAAGUUACUUAAGCCCUAGCGAUAAGUUAGCUAGAGAACAAUCUAACCGAUUCGUGUGCUCUCUACAAAAUUAUUUGUAAUAUACGAUGAUUUUCAGUAAUA